CCUAGUAAAGCGGGUCUUCGCUGCGCCGGAGACCUUACCGGAAGAUGGGAACGAUGGCGGGCGAGCUAGGGCCACGACUCGGCUCGGCGUUUGGGCUGCGGAUGCUGUUGGCGACGGUGCUGCAAGCGGUGUCUGCCUUGGGGGCUGAGUUUUCCUCGGAAGCAUGUAGAGAAUUAGGCUACUCCAGCAACUUGCUCUGUAGCUCCUGUGAUCUUCUUGGACAAUUCAGCCUGCUUCAGCUAGAACCUGACUGUAAAGGCUGCUGUCAAGAGGAAGCGCAAUUUGAAAGUAAAAAGCUAUAUGCAGGAGCCAUUCUUGAAGUCUGUGGAUGAAAAUUGGGAAGGUUCCCUCAAGUCCAAGCUUUUGUUAGGAGUGAUAAGCCCAAACUCUUCAGAGGACUACAAAUCAAGUAUGUCCGUGGUUCAGAUCCUGUACUAAAGCUUUUGGAUGAUGGUGGGAACAUUGCUGAAGAACUCAGCAUCCUCAAAUGGAACACAGAUAGCGUCGAGGAAUUCCUCAGUGAAAAGUUGGAACGUGUUUAAAUUUUGCUAAAAUUUUUGUCCUGUCCUUUUGUUACCUUCGCAGAUGAAACACUGCAGUACCUAGAAAUAAGUUCGUUUUUCUUCCUUCCAUGGAUCAUUCUUUUACUUGUCAGGCAUUAAAUAUCUGAUUAGAGGUUGAAGUCAGCUCAUACUAUCUGAGGAGUUGGCAAGCUUAACCAAGACAUAUUUUUAUAAAUUUCCAUCCUCACAUAUUUGUGAUAUCACUAAGAAAAUGAUUUGUAAUUGAUUUCUCAUUAAUUAUGCAGCUGCUACUUUAUGAUAAUAGCUCCAGUUUUAUGAACAACAGAUUUUGUAUCAGGGAGAUGAUUACUGUGCUUCAUGCAUGUGCUCUGUGCUCCUUGAAAGUAAUGACUGAAAACUACAAACCAAAAAAGAUUUGAUGAGAUUCGACAAGCUGCCAAUAGAAUGCCUGCUCUGCACAUUCUUUCAUAUUUUUGUAUUACCCAGAUUUCUUUUCAGUACAAGUAUUACGGUUUAUAAUGCUCUGCAUAAAAUCAUUGUGGCUUUAUUAUUUGGAAACACAGUUAAUAUCUGUAGUAGGAAUAAUAUGGACAAAGAUUUGCAUUAAUGAAGGCUACACAGGAAACCUUACUAAGGAUUUGUGUGGAUCUGACAAUUAGCAAAUUUUUGUACUUUAUAUUCUUACAAAACUAUUCAUUUAAAAAUUAUCAUUUGUAAGACUAAUGUAUAAAUAAAAAAAUUUCAGAA